UAGUAGGCUUUGAACUGGUCACAGAAUCAAGAAGGCUUUGUUACGUUCGGUUACGUUCGUGCAGACUCGGUAAAGCUGUCUGUUUGAUCGAGUUCAGUUACAGUAUUUUGUUGGUCGUUGGAAGGUGUAUUUUAGACGAGUGUCGAUUGAUAAUUUUUGUGCUGUGUUUUUGAAGAAAUAGUGAGUGCGUUUUGUAUUGAUAAUUCUGAGAGGAUGCGGAAUGGUGUGCAGUUUAGUGAUGUGAAGUUCUGGUGUUUGUGACGUGUAGUGACGCCUACAAGCUUUGAAAAACGUUCAACGGAAACCGUAACUUUCGGAUUAACUACGUUCUGCAACAUCAAGGAACGAUUUGUUUGCGGUGGAAGGUACCGAAGAAAUUAAAAUUUUCAGGGGGUGGUAAGAUGCAGUGUGGCCGGAAGUUGGGUGCCGCGGGUCGACGACUCUGCGGCAGACCCGGCGACGGCGGCGCGGCGCAUGGCACCAGUCCCAAUGAGGUCUAACCCGCAGGACACGGGCCACCGAGCGAGGGUGGCGGAGCCCAUCAGCAGCAGGGCCACGGCCAGACCAUCAUCUUCUUCGUCGACAUCUUCCACGUCUCUGUCGACAGCAAAUAUUGCGACAACGUUAUCGGCGUCUUCUUCGUCCGACAACAUUAUCAACAAUAACACUAACGGCAACAGUAACAGCAGCAAUAGCAGUAGCAGCAGCAGCAGUAACAGUAGCAGUAGUGGUAGUAGCAGUAGUGCUAGUAGCAGUAACAGCGCGCCAAAUCAGCAGCAACAGACGCCAACCUCGACAUCGGCCAAUUUCGAGUAUGACGAUAACGAGUGGGACAUCGGCAUAGGUAACUUGAUCAUCGACCUGGAUGCGGACAUAGAGAAAACGAACGAGGGGGUCGUGGGCGCGUCUUCCGCCGCCGCCACGGUGUCGAUAACAGCGUCGUCCGGAUCGGCGGCGAUGUCCGCGAAUAACGCGACCGGGAGUGCGGGAUCGAAAGCGACCGCCGCUGCGGUAGCGGCCGCGGCCGCGGCCAAGAUGGCCGUCGAACAUUCCGCAACCGUGGACAAAGGACUUAAGAUGAAGAUUAAGCGCACCAAGCCUGGCACGAAAACGUCCGAGGCCAAACACGAAAUCGUCAAGUCCAACGAACAGAACGGCAAUGCAGAAGUGAACGAACUGAAAUCGUCUGCAUCAAAGCAAUCGCAGCAAAUGCAUCCGUCGUCGCAAGGGCCGGGAUCUAUUGCGGUCAAUUCCGUGGGUGGACUGCCGAAUAACAUACUAACGAACAGCAAUAGCGCUUCCAGUGGCGGCACUAACGGGAGUGGCGGUAACACCGGCAGUAGUAAGCGCGGCUCAAGUAGUCAUCGUCGCGACAAAGCGCGCGACAAACACGGUAGCAGUGGCGGUUCGUCGGGGGUUUCCGCGGGCAUAGUGACAGAUAAACAACAGCAGUCUCCCGCGGCGACGUUAGCUGCAGCCGCAACGGGUAAGACCCUUCCGCCCAACGGGGGCGGCGGCGGUUCGUCCGUAGUGACAGAAGUGAACGGGUUAGUGCGUGUGAACGCGACAUCCGGUGCGAAUCAGAUCGGGUUGCAGCGACCGGUGUUUCCGGCGAGCACGGGCCCCGGUCCCCCAAUGUCCGGUCACAACGCAGUUACGAACGCGUUACCGCCAAGUCCUCCCGCUCAAAACAACCAUUCGCAGCAGCAACAGUGCGGGCCCGUAAAACUCGAAUCGAAACCGCCGUCGAUGAACGCCGCCACGACCCAGCAACCUCAGCAGUUACAACAGCAGAACUGCCAAGGAAGUAGUGGUGACGAUAGCGCGUCAUCACCCCCGCCUGCGAAAAAACUCAAAUCGGAACCAAAGGAGGUAACAGAUGUGUGUAUAGGAACCAGUGUGGGUACUAUUACUGAACCCGAUUGUUUGGGACCCUGUGAGCCUGGCACCAGUGUUACUUUAGAGGGUAUUGUGUGGCAUGAGACUGAAGGGGGUGUACUGGUUGUGAAUGUAACUUGGAGAGGAAAGACUUACGUGGGAACUCUUCUCGAUUGUACCCGACAUGACUGGGCACCCCCACGUUUCUGUGAUUCCCCUACCAGUGAUUUGGAUGCAAGACUUCCAAAAGGACGAGAAACGCGAUCGUCUGUGCAUAGUAAAUUGCGAAACGGCGGGGGUGGCGUAAAGGGUCGCCGGGGUACAACGAACGGCCCGCCGACCGGUCCAUCCACUGCCCCCUCGUCACCGACGCCUUUCGUGCCUCCGCGGCCCGAGCCCAACAACAAGCGAAAGAAUAAGUCGGGCGAAGACGAAAACAAUACUGCCAACACAAACAACGUGGCGAAAAAGUCUCGGGUAGCAGCGCCCCCGUCUGCCCCGAACUCAUCGUGCGGCAGUCCGCCCCCGUCACCUGUCCUUCUCGAGUGCCCCGAACCAAACUGUUCGAAAAAAUACAAACAUAUCAACGGACUCAAGUAUCACCAGUCGCAUGCCCAUGGGGGCGGUGGUUCAGCUGACGACGAAGAUACCAAAGACGUUACAUCGAUGAGCGAAAAUGACGAAUCGAAUAUCGAAGCUCCGAGUCCUGUUACUCCGGUCAAGUCACCGGAAAAGCCCCAGGAUAAUCCACUGACGCCUCAGAAGAAGGAAACCGCGGUAGAUCAACUUCCGUUAAUGUUGCGUAGUGGCAGCGGACUUCUGGAGGUGCACAGCCAACCGGAUACUCCUCGAAGUACACCACCGUCACCGGCAACCCCACAAAGUAUUCAGGACUUGGGUGUAACGAAUGCUGCGUCUCCCACUGUCCCUAUUGCUGAGCCAAAAAAUGUCGUCAAACCGGGUGUGCUUAGGUAUAAUUCUCCCGAAGAAUUUCCGGUUGGUGUUUUUGCGGGGAACAAGUCCAUUUCUACAGGGUCUCCCAUUUCGAAUUCUGCCACCAUGCCCCUAUCUCGAUCGAUAAACGGUUCCGAUUCUUCUAAUGAUCAAACGUUACCGCCUCCAGAACAGUCUUCUCAACCACAGUCUUUCGCCAGUCAACUUCAGACGCAAAUAAACAUGACGCAGCAGUCUUUCGAUGACUCUCCGUCCCUCUUGAUUCCAACACAGAAUACCCAAAGUGUUGCUCCUUUACAACCCGCUGAACAACCUUCUUUUGCCCAUCAACCUCCCAGUCCGCAGUCUGGUAAACUGACCCAGUUUAAGGUAAAACCCGCUUCGGCUCUCAUGCCAGAGGAAAAGAAUAAGGAUCGGAUUAGCAAACCACCAAAUUAUAAGAAAAAGAGCAGAAAAUCACCAGCUGGUAGCCCUCAUCCGCCUCAGUCGAACCAGGACCAGCUCAUGUUCGGAAUCGAGAGUUCAGGUCGUGACGAAGUACAAAGUCCGGCAUAUUCGGACAUUUCGGACGACGGCGCUCCAGUGAUAGAGCCCGACGUAACGGAUAAGAACAAAUCCAUCGACAAAAAGACUGAAACAAGUCAAGCAAUGCCGCAUAUGCCUCAGUAUGGAAUGUAUCCGUUCUACGGUCAACCCCAAUACAUUAUGCCUUCAGUUCAGGACCCGAAAGCGAAGGAACCUGAAAAAACCGUAGACAAAGUGCUGGAAAAAGAACCUAAAAAAGACGGCCCUGAUUUCCAACAAAAGGUCAUCCAACAACACUAUUACCCUUCUUACGGUUAUGUACCGGGAUAUUCUUACAAUAUGGAUCCCUCUUCAUACGGUUCGGUCUCGAUAGUCCCGGAUGACAAGAAUAAAGAAGAACGCCUUAAAGAGGACGUGAGUCCUGUGGAUCACGUACCAAAACAGCCCACUCCCAUACACAACCCGAUUCAGGUGCCCACUCCAGGAAAAAUAAAGACUGACUUAUCGCUUAAAGAGAAGCAUCAAAACGAAAACCAUCAAAUUUUGAAGGAAAGCAUCGAAAUGAAGAGUCAAAUGAAUCCCUACAUGUAUCAGAGGCAGCAACAACAGCAUCAGCAACAGCAGCAGCAGCAGCAGCAACAACAACAACAACAACAACAACAACAACAACAACAGCAGCAGCAGCAACAACAGCAACAUCAUGGACAGAGGGAGGAAGACAUGCGGCGUUUCUACGUUUAUUCUGACCAAAGAAGAAAAGAACAACAGCAACACCAGUCAAUCCAAAACGAUCAUAAGAGUACAAUACCAAAUAAACCGCUUCCUCAAAGUCCAAGUGUCAAGUCCUCAAAAGAGAAGAUGGAAGAAAAGAAGGAGAAGGAAAUAAAACAGGAAGGUGUAAAGCCCACGAUGGAAACCCAAGGGCCACCACCCCCGCCAACGUCACAAUACGCUUAUAUUCAUCCUAGCUAUAUGCAAUCUCCUCAUUAUGGAGCCUUACCAUUUGAUCCAAAUCAUCCCAUGUACAGGAGUAUUAUGGUUCCAGGACCGUAUAGCGGCAAUCCAUACUUACAUCCACAAAUCCCUAGGUAUCACGCGCCUGAAGACUUGUCUAGGGCCCCUCCUCCUACAAAAGCCUUAGAUAUGCUGCAACAUCACGCGCAAUAUUAUUCAUCUCAUAAAAUACACGAACUGCAGGAGAGGGCGAUAAAAUCACCGAAUCCAAAGACGUCGAUUGCUAGUUCGAGUCCUUCGAACGCAAACGGUCCCCCUGGAAGUGGACAGCCGCAGACGCAAGUGAGCGGGCCUACCACCUCCCAACCGAGCAAUACGACGCCUCAAGGCGGCAAACAGACUCCAGGCGAUAACAAUAAAGACAGUAGGUCGCCCCCGCCACAAAGACAUGUACAUACACACCACCACACGCACGUUGGACUCGGCUAUCCCAUGUAUCCUGCCCCCUACGGAGCUGCAGUUCUAGCAAGUCAGCAGGCGGCUGCUGUGACAGUGAUAAACCCUUAUCCCCCCAAAUGAAACGGCCCCCCUUCGCAACAACACCCAAGAUAAGCAAUUGUAGUCGUCAUCGUUACACAAAAAAAAAA